AGGACAGGCGCAUUACAGUGAAAAAGACAUCUCUUUGCCUCCCCCCUGUCUUUUCUUCUUGGUGCCAUUGCAGUUAUUUAUUUAUUUAUUUUGUUUUAUUUUUUUCAGUUUUAAACAAGUUUGUCCUAAUAUCUGCAGAAAUUUGGAAAUUUAAAUUCCCUCUUUAGACUUCUUGGUCAUGACUCAAAACUCACAAAUUGGGUACCGUGGACGUAGACGCCCGUCGCGCCUGCAGCAAGUGCGAGGACUGGUGCUACCUGUCUGAUCGGAUGUCCCGAUGAGAGAUCCCGUUGACACAGCGGCUCCCAUGGCUUAUCACCCUUUCAGUGUCCAUCGACCGGGUGCCUUGUCAUUGUCCGCCUUCCUUACCACCCCUCAGCCUUCGCUUUUCCCUGAGCUGACUUUCCCCGACGUCGCCGCCCUCUCGGAGCCUCUGUCGGAGCAGGCUGCCUUGGACGCGGGACUGCACGCGGCUUUGGGACGCCAGACUCGGUCGGUCCGCCCGGACUCUUUGAAGAACCUGCAGCCAGAGCAAUGGUGCGAGGAUGACCCGAAAGUUACCCUGGAAUCAAAGAAUCUAUGGAACGAAUUUCACAAAAUGGGAACUGAGAUGGUUAUCACAAAAUCAGGAAGGAGGAUGUUUCCGCCUUUCAAAGUGCGAGUGGACGGCCUGGAUGAGACAGCAAAGUACAUCCUGCUGAUGGACAUUGUCGCGGUUGACGACUGCCGCUACAAGUUUCACAACUCCCGCUGGAUGGUGGCUGGAAAAGCUGACCCGGAGAUGCCAAAGCGCAUGUACAUCCACCCAGACAGUCCGUCCAAGGGAGAGCAGUGGAUGAGCAAGCCAGUAGGCUUUCACAAGCUCAAGCUCACCAAUAAUAUUUCGGAUAAACAUGGAUUUACAAUUUUGAAUUCCAUGCACAAGUACCAGCCCAGGUUUCAUAUUGUGAGAGCCAACGACAUAAUGAAGCUUCCGUACAGCACCUUCCGCACUUAUGUUUUCCCAGAGACGGAGUUCAUCGCUGUCACUGCUUAUCAGAAUGAAAAGAUCACGCAGCUAAAAAUUGACAACAACCCAUUUGCCAAAGGAUUCAGAGACACAGGAAAUGGAAGACGAGAAAAAAGGAAUAAACUGUCAAACACUUCUACGCUGCACGAGAACCAAAGCAAAGCGGACCAGGACUGCGCUGAUUCUGACGACUCGUGUGAACAACCCAGUACAAGUGAAUCUUUUUAUUCACCCCUGGAACUGGUGAGCAGCCCGCUGAUGUCCACACCGACCUGUCAAGAUGACAACACUAUUGGAAGUGAUUCAGAUAUCGAUCUACAAGAGGAUGCCAUUGCCAUAGCCGGUCGUUCCAGGACUGAACAGACUUUGAGUCUGAAAGGUGAGGCAAUACUGCGGGCCAAGUCUGAUGUCAGAGAGAGCGACAACAAACAAGGUGCACCAACUGAAAGAACAAUAUAUUUAUCUCCAGAGGAUAGGUUCUCUAUGGAGAUGGACUGCUCAGAGAAGCACAUGGAUGGAAUAAAAGAUGGCCCCGUGCUGCUGCCAUCUCAGCGGUCAUCGUCCCUCAGUUCUGGUCAACGUCAGCCUUUGGAUUUCUCAAGCGCUUACGGUCAACCAUUUCUUAAGCUCGGGGCACCUUUGUUGUUUGAUCCUGGACAGCUGUCGAUGAGCCCAGAGGCUUCGUCCGUCAUGGGUAUGGGACACGUAUUUUCCUCUUUGCCUGGAGUAAACCACUUAGGAAAUGGAGGCCUAUCGUCUCGAAGCGUCACAUCUUCAUCGCCCUUCAUGUUUCGCCUGUCUCAGAACAUGCUGGCAUCUCAGGGAGUCUCACUGUCACCUUUCGGAGGAUUGUUCUCUUAUCCAUACCGCUACAUGGCGUCUCCAGGUGCAGUUGCUCCAGCUCUCCCCUCCUGCCGCGCAACCUCCACGCUCAACAGAAACCAUAGACACAGCAACUCCCAGCCUUGGUUGCAUUUCAGCCCUUACCAGGUCCCAGCAUCUGUUACCUCCAGACAAACUGUGCUAGCAAACAGAUUAAUGGGGAGGUCGCAGGCCCACUCUCAGCUGUCCAAAUCUGGGAGCAGAGAAUCAAGUCCCUUGUCUGACAAUCACGGUUGCAAAAUGAAGACCAAGAAGCAGACUGUUCCACUCAAAAGUAUACCUGAGGGUUCCACUGAUGAACUGCAAAAUGUGCGUAAUCCUACAGGGGGACUAGAUGAAUCACUUCCUCAACAAUAGACUCUACUGUACAUUGUUUUUAUUUAGGAAGUUGCACAAAACUAUCACGAAUAUUUAACUUGCCAUUAUUUGAACUUAAACCUGCCUAAUAAACACUGAUUUGGUCAGACUUAACACCAGAGUUACAUGGACAUAGACUUACGUUAGACCCUGACUACAUACUGAAAUAGGGUCAUUAAACAACUAGAAACCGUGCCUGCACAUAAUAAAAUGUGUAGGCAAUUCUUCAACUAAACCUAGCCCAAUUUGAUCUAUAGAUACCUGAGCGCACACCAAAUCAGUGUUUACUUACUUUGUUCUUAGUCCUGUAUGUGCUAAAUGAGCUAUGCAAAACUUAAGGCCCAAAGUGGAACUCUCUAUAGGACAAUGAUGAUGUGCUUUAAACAUAGUUAAAACACUUUUUUUUCUUUUUUUUUUUUACUGCUUUAUUCUGUACAGUUGUGGAAAUAUUUUGCUUCUAUUAUUUUGAUUUUAGUUUUAACUUACUUUAAAUGUGACUAUUGAAGCCUUCUGAGACUCAACGCUGUUACUGAUGACUAUUAAACCUGCCAAUGAGAUGCUAGGUGAGUGUUUACCCCCCGUGUGCCGUUUUCACAUUUUGACAUACCAAAGUUGCACAGAAAAAACUCAGGAUAUAUAUAUAUACAUAUAUAUGUCUAUAUAUAUGUAUAUAUAUAUAUUUCCCCCUGCACUUAUGAGAUCUGUCUAAAUGUAAGCUGACAAGUGUUCAGUAAUAAAAUGAUUGCUUUUGUGUUCCACAAUUUAAAUAAAGAUGCUGUUCACAUGC